UAAAUACUGAGUACCAGAUAACAAUUCCUCACACUCUGGAGCGACGUCCAGGGAGUUCAAGCUUAAGUUACUGUAAGAGACCAUGAAACAGGGCCCGAAAAGAUAAAAGCACACACCUGAAAGGAGGAGAGAGGAGAAACAGAUAUCACUGUCUGAAUCUCACUGUCAGUGAGGGAGAGAGGGAGAUAAGUAAAGGUAAAACGAGUGAAGGGAAGAGAAGGUCUGUUCAUCAUGGCCGCCUUGAAGGAGAAGAGGAAUUGUGGGCAGCGAUGUGAAGACUUUGGCCGUUUUGUCUGGAACUCCGAUGAAGGGAAGUUAAUGGGGAGAACACCAGAGAAAUGGGUGUACAUCAGUCUGUAUUAUGUGGCCUUCUACGCGGUGAUGACGGGCCUCUUUUGUCUGGCCAUCUGGACGCUCAUGUACACGUUGGAUCCGUACGCCCCGGACUACCAGGACCGGUUAAAGUCUCCGGGGGUCAUGGUGUGGCCAAACACGUACGGGGAGGAGAUUGUUGAAAUCUCCUACAACACAUCAGACAAGGCCAGCUGGAUGAAGAUGACCAACAUCCUCAAUGACUUCCUGGAGCCGUACAAUGACACCAAGCAGCUUGAAUGUAACAAACAUAACUGCACGAGGGGAAAGUACUUCAUCCAGGACACCUUCUCUGCCCCGAACCACACCAAGUGGGUGUGCCCCUUCAUGCAAAGCAUGCUGGGAGCCUGUUCAGGACAUGAGGACCGGACCUUUGGCUACAACUGCACCAUGCCUUGCGUCAUCAUUAAGAUGAACAGGAUCAUCAACUUUUUGCCCUCUAAUAACACUGAGCAUCCUGCUUAUGUCAACUGCACUGUAUUGGAAGGACAACACAAUGUGGACAAAAUUGAGUAUUUCCCCGAGGGUGGAAGUAUGGAUUUAUCUUACUUCCCUUACUAUGGAAGACUGGCACAGCCUACUUACGUCAACCCGCUGGUGGCGGUUCGGUUCAGCCUGGUCAAUGGGAAGAAGGCGAAGAUCCAGUGCAGAGUGGUCUCCAAAAUGAUCAGCUACGAAAACUUCCAUGACCCCUACGAGGGAAAAGUCAUCUUCCAACUGGAAGCAGUGAAAUGAGAAGAAAUCCCGUAGUUCACGUGUCUACAGAUCAGUAGUGACUGUGAUUUAACAACCAACAAAAUUACUCAACAUUUUAGGCCCACAAUGUGAUGCGUUCAUGAAAUUGAUUGGUCAUGUUUUUGGUUUGAUUCAUGAAGGAUUUUUUUUACCCAAGAAAAAAAAAAAGAAAUCUUUAAAUCUAUGUUUUGUUUAUAUAAUUAUGUGACCUGUCGCAUGGUAACAAACUUCAGAGUAUUUGUAACUUGUUACCAUCUACAGUACAAUUGCUAAUAGGAUAAUGAUGACAUCACUCCCAAAUCUGCUGACUUCAGUGUUUGUGUGUUAUCAGCUUACACAAUGGAGACACAUUGCUAGAAGUAUUGAUAGAGGGGAUCAAAGACUUGUUUUCUUUGGAUAUAUUAGGUUGUUGGUUGCUUUGAUUUAUAUGUUUUACUACGAUUUAUUUCCAGGUACUCCAAAGAAAGUACUCUGAUGACAGAGAAAAUAAAGACUACAAGGAGGACAA